AUGCAACAACGACCAUUGACUAUUUUUGUUGUAAUCGUUACAAUUACUUAUGCAGCACAAAUCAUUCAUUUUGAUGCUAAAAUGUAUACACCAUCUUUUCUUGGUCCGCUCAGUGUUUUUGCUGAUCAGGUUUACUUAUGGGUCGAAACAAAAGAUUGUCCACCAUCAUCGUGUAAAUGUGAAGUAAAAACGAAUGUUACCAGUAAUAAUGUGUACCGUGUGAUAUUUUCCAAUGCAGUACCAAGUUCAGGGAAGAUUGAAAUUAGGAAUCUUCAACAAAAUACAUUAUAUUCAUUUACUCUAAGUUGUGUUGGAAUUAAUGAGACCAUCACACGUCACAUUCGAACGGAUUAUGGUUUCCCAUCAGUACCACAAAAUAUCACAGUUAAGCUGAAUUCUAAACAUCUAACAUUAUUUUGGUCACCACCAUUAAUAAUAAUUGGACCAAUUACUAAUUAUAAAUUAACUAUUGAUCAACAACCAAUUAUAGAUAAUAUAUCCAACAGUCAAUUCUCUUAUACUAUGAUAGAAGAUUAUAUUUAUGGACAUAAACAUGUAUUUUUUCUUCAAACUUGUAGUAUAAAUCGUCAAAAUAUAAGAAAAUGUUCAGAUCCAAAUGAUGGUAUAGCUACCUUUUAUAUGCCAAUGACAACAACAUUAGCACAAGAAACAAAUACACAAAAGAGUACAUCAUGCAUUCUAUCUUAUUCAAAACUUUUUCUAAUUUUCAUUUUUUUGUUUCCUUCUAUUUAA